CUGGGACCUUUUGAUCUCAAAUAUCGAUCGGUUCUGUUCCGGGGGGAUUAUUGCUGGAUUUCUAUCAAUCUGAGGAUUCUAUUCCCUCUCUUUCUCGUCCUCUGUUUUCCUGAAACAGCAUGAAGCUGACCGGGAUCUUCCUGCUCCUGAUGCUCUGCAGCUGCGAGGGCGCAAGAGUCGCAGAGAGCCGAGACGACAACAGCGUGUUCGACUUGUUCGAACUGGUGCAAAUCCCGAAGAAGAGCCAGGGGGUCACCCUGGUGAAGGGAGACGACCCUUACAGCCCAGCCUACAGGAUCCUCAACCCGGACCUGAUCCCCCCGGUCCCGGAGGGAGCCUUCCGGGACCUGAUCGACUCCAUCCACGCCGAGAGGGGCUUCCUCCUGCUGCUCAACUUCAAGCAGUUCAAGCGGACCCGCGGCAGCCUGCUCACCGUGGAGAAGAAGGACGGCUCCGGACCCGUGUUCGAGAUCGUGUCGAACGGGAAGGCCAACACGCUGGACAUCCAUUUCUCCACCGAGAACAAGCAGCACGUCAUGUCCAUCGAGGACGUGGACCUGGCCACGGGCCGCUGGGAGAACAUCACGCUGUUCGUGCAGGAGGACCGAGCGCAGCUGUACGCGGGAUGCGACGAGGUCAACACGGUCGAGCUGGACGCGCCGAUCCACAGCAUCCUGACCCAGGAGACGCCCGCCAACGCUCAGCUGCGCAUCGGCAAGGGGGCCGCCAGAGACAAGUUCAUGGGGGUGCUGCAAAACGUGCGCUUCGUGUUUGGAACCACCCUGGACGCCAUCCUGCGCAACAAAGGAUGCCAGCACUCCGCGCCGAUUGACACCGUGAUGCUGGAGAACCUUAAUGGCUCCUCAGCCAUCCGAACCGAGUACACGGGACACAAGACCAAAGACCUUCAGAUGGUCUGCGGUUUCUCCUGCGAGGACCUGGCCAGCAUGUUCAAGGAGCUGAAGGGUCUGGGCGUCGUGGUCAAGGAGCUGUCCAAUGAGCUGCGGCAGCUGGUGAGGAAAACACACACACACGCACACACACACUCUGUCCGUCUGUCUGUCUGUCUACAUGCAAACAUACUUGCUAACCGCGCCCUGUCUUGGUUCGUGUCUUCAGACUCGGCCACCAUCUGCCGGAAGAUCUCCUGCCCGCUGAUCCCCUGUGCCAACGCUACCGUGCCUGACGGCGAGUGCUGCCCUCGCUGCGGAACACCAAGUGACUAUGCAGAGGAUGGCUGGUUCCCUUGGUCUGAAUGGACCCAUUGUUCCGUGUCUUGUGGGCGGGGCAUCCAGCAGCGCGGGCGCUCCUGCGACCGCAUCAACAACAACUGUGAGGGCACCUCUGUGCAGACCCGCGACUGCUACCUCCAGGAGUGCGACAAGCGCUUCAAGCAGGACGGCAGCUGGAGCCUCUGGUCCCCGUGGUCAUCCUGCUCGGUCACCUGCGGUGCCGGCGUUAUCACCCGUAUUCGCCUCUGCAACUCCCCCACCCCCCAGCUCGGAGGCAAGGACUGUGAGGGAGAAGGCCGGCAAACCGAGAAGUGCCAGAAGUCUCAAUGUCCCAUCAACGGUAACUGACCAUGGUCGCCUUGGGACACGUGCACGCUCACUUGCGGAGGUGGCGCCCAGACCCGUAAACGCCUGUGCAACGACCCCGCACCGAAAUACGGCGGCAAGGAGUGCGUCGGCGAAGCCAAAGACACCCAGCUGUGCAAUAAGAAAGCCUGUCCGAUUGAUGGCUGCCUGUCCAACCCCUGCUUUUGCCGGAGUGUGUGCACCAGCUUCCCCGACGGCACCUGGAAGUGUGGAAAAUGCCCCACUGGCUACACUGGCAACGGUAUCAAGUGCAAGGACAUCGACGAGUGUAAAGAGGUUCCUGGCGCUUGCUUCGAAUUCAACGGUGCGCACCGCUGCGAGAACACCGACCCGGGUUACAACUGCCUGCCCUGCCCACCCCGCUACUCCGGACCCCAGCCCUUCGGCCGGGGCGUGGAGGAGGCUGCGGCUAAGAAACAGGUGUGCACGCCCCGUAACCCCUGCCUGGACGGAAGCCACGACUGCAACAAGAAUGCCCGCUGUAACUACCUGGGACACUUUGCCGACCCGAUGUACCGCUGCGAGUGCAAACCCGGCUACGCCGGGAACGGGCACAUAUGCGGAGAGGACACCGAUUUGGACGGCUGGCCCAACGCUGACCUGGUGUGCGUGGAAAACGCCACGUACCACUGCAAGAAGGACAACUGUCCCAACCUCCCCAAUUCCGGACAAGAAGACUAUGACAAGGACGGCAUUGGAGACGCUUGUGACAACGAUGACGACAACGACAGCAUCCCCGAUGACAGGGACAACUGCCCAUUCAUCUACAACCCCAGGCAGUAUGACUACGAUCGUGACGAUGUGAGCGACCGCUGCGAUAACUGCCCCUACAACAGCAACCCCGACCAGACGGACACAGACAACAACGGAGAGGGCGACGCCUGUGCCGUGGACAUCGAUGGGGACGGCAUUCUGAAUGAGAAAGACAACUGUCCCUAUGUGUACAAUGUUGACCAGCGAGACACGGAUCUGGACGGGGUGGGAGAUAUGUGCGAUAACUGCCCUCUGGAACACAAUCCUGAUCAGGUGGAUUCUGAUGAUGACCGUGUCGGAGAUAAGUGUGACAGCAACCAGGAUAUCGAUGAGGAUGGCCACCAGAACAACCUGGACAACUGUCCCUACAUCCCCAACGCCAAUCAGGCUGACCAUGAUAAGGACGGUAAGGGAGAUGCCUGCGACCACGAUGACGACAACGACGGUAUUCCUGAUGAGAAGGACAACUGCAGACUGGCCUUCAACCCAGACCAGCUGGACUCUGAUGGCGAUGGCCGUGGUGACGCUUGCAAAGACGACUUUGACCAAGACAACGUGCCGGACAUCUACGACGUGUGCCCGGAGAACUUUGACAUCAGCGAGACAGACUUCCGGAAGUUCCAGAUGGUUCCCCUGGACCCCAAAGGCACCUCCCAGAUUGAUCCCAACUGGGUGGUCCGCCACCAGGGCAAAGAGCUGGUCCAGACUGUCAACUGUGACCCUGGCAUCGCUGUUGGUUAUGAUGAGUUCAAUGCGGUGGACUUCAGUGGGACAUUCUUCAUCAACACCGAGAGGGACGACGACUGCGGCUUCGUCUUCGGUUACCAGUCCAGCUCCAGGUUCUACGUGGUGAUGUGGAAGCAGAUCACGCAGACCUACUGGUCGAAUAAACCCACCAAGGCCCAGGGCUACUCGGGCCUGUCGAUCAAAGUGGUCAAUUCCACCACUGGCCCCGGAGAGCACUUAAGGAACGCCCUCUGGCACACAGGAAACACACCGGGACAGGUGCGUACCCUCUGGCACGACCCCAAGAAUGUGGGCUGGAAAGACUUCACUGCUUACAGAUGGCAUCUGAUCCACCGACCAAGAACAGGACACAUUAGAGUUGUGAUGUACGAGGGCAAGAAGAUCAUGGCGGACUCCGGCAGCAUCUACGACAAGACCUACGCGGGAGGAAGACUGGGUCUCUUUGUCUUCUCGCAGGAGAUGGUUUACUUCUCGGACCUCAAAUAUGAAUGCAGAGAUGCGUAAGAGCACAGCGCAAGACGUCUCGAGGAAUGCACCUUUCUGUAUUAAGUAUGAACUUCUGUAAAUCCCGUACAAAGUCCAGGGACCGAAUUUAUCUCCGCAACUCUUUUCUUCUGCGGCACGCACACACAGG